GAAAUUGGUCCAGGUGACAUUUGUCAAAGUCAGCAUAAAAAUUGCUAACCUGCUCUUUGAGCAGUUUGAGUGGAGGUUUUUUUAUAGAAUAAAUGAAAAUAUAUUGCAUCGCUAGAAAUACAUAUAAAUAAUUCAAAGAUCUCAUGAAAUAUAUUUACAUUUCAAGUGUAUAUUUAAGAUCGGCAUAAGUUAAUUUUUGGGUAGGUAGUGAGCACCGGUGAAAUUGUGAUCAUGGCGAACCCGUCAUCAGGCGUUGUGGUUCCUAGAAAUUUUCGACUUCUAGAAGAACUUGAGCAAGGUCAGAAGGGAGUGGGCGACGGCACAAUUUCUUGGGGUCUCGAAAGCGAUGAUGAUAUGACCCUGACUCACUGGACUGGCAUGAUAAUUGGUCCUCCAAGGACUCCUUAUGAAAAUAGGAUGUAUUCUCUUAAAAUUGAAUGUGGAACUCGAUACCCAGAUGAACCUCCUACUGCUCGAUUCAUUUCUAGAAUCAACAUGAACUGUGUCAACAGCCAGACUGGUCUUGUGGAUAACAGGCAAGUUCCAAUUCUCGCAAGAUGGCAACGUGACUAUACUAUCAAGACAGUUCUUCAAGAACUGAGACGUCUUAUGACUCUUAAAGAAAAUAUGAAGCUUUCUCAGCCCCCAGAGGGAAGCACUUUUUAGUUAUUCACAUAAUAAACAUGUUUUAAUAACCCAAUCUGCUCCUACUUUGCUAAAUUUUAGGAUAUUAUAUUACAUUCAUUUUUAUAAGUCCAAUAAUAUUAUAGUUAUUAAUAUGUGGCAUAGUUUUCAGUAAUGUUAAAUAUGCUAGUAUGUGUAAUAUUUGUCUUCAUGCAUUUAUUGUAAUUUUUU